CGGCCCGCGCUGAGGGGACCGCGGGGUCACGGAACCGGGGAAUCGCGGAACCGCUGCGCCAUCGAGGUUGGAAGAUCAUCUGCUGGUUUAAGAGCAUCUACUGGUUUUAGAUCGUCUCUUCCAACCGUCAGGCCAGCACCGUCACCGUAACCCCUCAACCAGCGCGCCACAUCACCCAGCGACAGAUGCAGACGCCUCUUGAAGGCCCCGAGGGAGGGUGACUCCACCACCCCCCUGGGCAGCCCCUUCCGAGGUCUGGCCGCCCGGACGGUGAAAAGGUUUUUCUAAUCCGUAACGUGGCGGCCCCGCUGGCCUCAGCACUCGCCGUGCCUCAGGAGGCGGCUGCCGUCCCUCGGCCCCUCAGAGGAUGGAAGGCAGGGCCGACAGGGAUGAGUAAGGCACUGAGCAUCUCCCUGAGGAGCAGACACUGCCGGAGCCGGGCCUGGCUGGUCUGGAGAAGGGAAAACUCACAGGGGAUCUCAUCAAUCCGUGCUGAUAUCUCCAAGGGGUGUCAGAGGACAGUACCAGACUCUUUUCAGUGGUGCCCAGAGACAGAACGAGGAGCAAUGGCCACAAACUAAAACACAAGAAAUUCUACCUCAACAUGAGGAAGAGCUACCCAUUGAGCGGAGCACUGGACCAGCUGCCCAGGGAGGGCAUGGAGACUCCCUCUCUGGAAUAAUCCAAACCCUGGACACAUUCCUGUGUCACCUGCUCAAGGAACAAGCCACCAGGAUGCCAGCGCUGCCUCUGGACGAGCUCCAGCUGACAGAAAGGGAUCCCAAGACAGGGAAGCUGAGAACUCUACCAGCACUGCACCCAGAAAUUAAAGCAGAUCGGUCGUUCGUGCUGUACAAACCCCCUCCUGCCAUCAGAGACCCUGCUCUGGUGGAGGAAUUCCUGGAGCGAGCAAAAUUCAUUGUAGAUGACCUGAACUGGCUUCUGGCUCUGCCUCAUGACAAAUUCUGGUGCCAGGUGAUCUUUGAUGAGAGCCUGCAGAAGUGUUUGGAUUCCUACCUGCGCUCCGCCCCUCGCAAGUUCGACGUGCUGUGGGAUUGCCACCCGGAGGUGCAUGAGCUGCAGAAGUGCCUCCAUCGCAGUGUCUUCCUCACCUUCCUCAGGAUGUCCACCCACAAGGAGUCCAAGGAUCAUUUUAUCACUCCCUCUGUCUUUGGAAAUAUUAUUUACAAUAACUUCCUGUUUGAUAUCCCCAAGAUUCUGGAUCUCUGUGUUCUUUUUGGGAAAGGAAAUGGCCUCCUGCUCCAGAAGAUGAUUGGAAAUAUCUUCACUCAGCAGCCCAGCUACUUCAGUGACCUUGAUGAAACUCUGCCCACUGUCCUCCAGGUGUUCAACAAUAUUUUGCACAAGUGUGGCUUGCAGUGUGAAGGGGCCUCUGCUGAGCCCCAGAAACUGGAAGAGAAAGUCAGUGUGACUGCAGGGAACAUGCCUCUCCAGGAGCUGAAGGACACCGUGCUGUAUUUAUGUGACACCUGCACAACUCUCUGGGCCUUUCUUGAUGUCUUUCCCUUGGCUUGCCAGACCUUCCACAAACACGAGUUUUGUUACAGAUUAGCUUCAUUUUAUGAACUGGCAAUUCCUGAGCUGGAAUCUGCAAUCAAGAAGAGGCAUUAUGAAGAUAACAGUGUUUUUGCUGAUUUGUGGAGGAGGAUUUCGCACUCCAGAAAGAAGAUGAUAGAGGUUUUUCACAUCCUAGUAAACCAAGUCUGUCUGCAGCCCAUCCUAGAGAGCAGCUGUGAGAAUAUUCAGCCAUUUAUUGAGGAAUUUCUGCAGAUCUUCACCUCGGUGCUUCAGGAAAGGAGAUUUCUCCGUGACUACGACGAGCUGUUCCCUGUUGAGGAUGACGUGAGUCUGCUCCAGCAGGCAUCCUCUGCACUAGAUGAGACCAGGACAGCCUAUAUCCUCCAAGCAGUGGAAAGUGCCUGGGAAGGAGUAGACAGGAAAAAAGGACAAGCUGUUAAAGAUCCAGCAGCAUCCAACGGAGCCUCAGCGAUGGUGGAGAGCACCCCUGAGGACAGGGAGGAUCCGGGGGCUGCGUGUGCCCUGGAGGAAGAGUGUGCCGGCGCUGCGGCCGCGCCCGUCGCCCGCGUGUCCGGCGUGGAGCUGGACUCCCUGAUCUCCCAAGUGAAGGAUCUGCUGCCAGAUCUUGGAGAGGGAUUCAUCCUGGCCUGCCUGGAGGAGUAUGGAUACGACACGGAGCAGGUGAUCAACAACAUCCUGGAAGAGAAGUUGGUGCCGUACCUGGAUAAGCUGGACCGAAGGAUGCAAAGACAGCUGAAGCCAGACCCUACCCCUCUGGUCAGCUCCCGCUGUAAUGUUUUCCAGAAUGAUGAGUUUGAUGUUUUCAGUAGGGAUGCAGUGGAUGUGUCUCGGAUCCAGAAAGGCAAGAGGAGGGAGAAGGACACGACGCGGAGCCUGGUGAACGACAAGCGGCUGGUGGCGGAGCAGAGGCAGCGCUACAGCCAGUACAGCGUGGUGCUGGAGGAGCUGCCCCUGCCGCCGGGGGCCGCCCCGCCCUACGAGGACUACGAGGACGAGUACGACGACACCUACGAUGGCAACCAAGUGGGCGCCAACGACGCUGACUCGGACGACGAGCUCAUCUCCAGGAGGCCAUUCACAAUUCCUCAAGUCUUGAGACCUAAAGGAUAUGAGGAAGGACAGGAGACAGAGGAAGAGGAUGAAGAGGAGGAGGGGGAGGCUGAAAAGGAAAGAAUAAAGGACCACUUUGUGCAGGACCCCGCAGUCCUGCGGGAGAGGGCUGAAGCCAGGCGCCAGGCGUUCCUUGCCAGGAAGGGGCACAAGCACGACAGCUCUGCCGUUGUUGGCAACGCCAAGGGCCACGGGCAGAGCCGGGAGACGCUGCAGGAGCGGAGGAAGAAAGAAGCGAACAAAAGCACCCGAGCCAACCACAACCGCCGGGCCAUGGCCGACAGGAAGCGCAGCAAGGGCAUGAUCCCUUCCUGAGCAGCCCGGGGCGGGGCUGCGCCGUGCCAGGCCCUGCCCAGGAGGAGGCUCCCUUUCCUCGGCAUUCCCUUUGCUCCGGGGAUGGAUGUUGUGUGCAAUACCUGGCAGCUGGGCUCCCGCGGAGCUGCAUUCCCUGUGGGAGUGCUGCCUGUUCCCGGGAAGGAGCUGCCCUGACUGUGUGUGCCAGUGGCUGCACCCAAUACACGGGACAGGCUGCAGCAGCCAUUCCUGCCCUUUUGUACUAUUUAUAAUUCAGAGUUUUAUUUUCAUACUGGCUCCUGCCCACCCUGGAGUGGGCAGCUCCGAGAGCACGGCUUCCAUGGAAAUGCCUUAUCCUGAACUUGAGUUAUAGAUUGUCCCAGCUUGGAAGGGACCUGCAGGGAUCACAAGUCCCACUCCUGUCCCUGCCCAGACCCCCUCAACAUUCCCACCCUGGGCAUCCCUGGCAGCGCUGGCCAAAGGCUCCUGGAGCUCUGGCAGCCUCGGGGCCGUGCCCAUUCCCUGGGGAGCCUGGGCAGUGCCAGCACCCUCUGGGGGAAGAACUCUUCCCUGAUACCCACUAAAGCUCCUGACACAACUCCGUGCUGGCAGAGAAAGGCUCAGGCUGUUCCCACUGCCAGCAGACCCACGGGGUCCAGGUGAGUCAGACCUUAUGGAUUUCUGUCCCUCAAGCCCUCAAGUGAGGCCUGUGAAAACAGAUGGAACAAAUAAAAGAUGUAGAUGGCUUAGUUGUUUUUUUUAGGCCCUUACAGACAGUAUUGAUGAACUUCCUGGUACCCAAUUAGGCUUUGCUCGGUUAAUUUCCUGGUUAAUGUGCCCUGAGUGCCCUCUCCCCACCACGCUGUAUUUCCUUGCACUGCAGCAGUGCCUGUGGCUGUCACCCCCCCAGGGGGAAAAUCAGCAGUGGGUUGUGCUCCAGGGCAGUCCCAGUGCUGCAGGAGCAGUGGGGUGGUAAAGUGCGAGUCGAGGGGUAGUAAGGUGCACACCUUGGUGCCUGGUGUUGUGCAGAGGGCAGGAGUGUGACUGCAGCUGCUGUGGGGCUGUGUGCAGAGAAGCAGAAAUGCAGAACAGCCACUGCCAUGAAACCAGGGGAAGCCCUGAGUGCUCCAAGGAGAUUUUUCUUUGCCUAUCAGUGCUGCCCAAACCUCCCAAGGACAGGCAUGGAAAAAGGAAUAGAUUUACCAGCAUCCCCAAAUGCUGUAUCCAGGAAAAUCCCCUGCUGGGAUAAUGCUGCUCUCCUGCAGCUCCUGCUCUCUGCACCGAUGGCUUCAGCUCCUCCCUGCUGCCCACUGCAGAGCUGUCCCCUCAUCCUGUAUUCAGCUUUGGUUCAGCUGCUCUGAGCCUGCAGCUCUCUGUGAGCUGCUCAGCCUGAUGUGGAGCAGCAGCAGAGCUCAGGGAGCUCACUGAGGUGGGAUUGUCUCAGGAAAGCUUAAACCUUUCUCUCAACCAUCUCCAUAAAGCACAGCUGGGCCUGGGAAGCUGUACUUGGGUUUGGCUCCAUAAACAGGCACAAGUGUUUAAGUGCUCCUUGUGUUCUCAGAGUAAACGUUUUACCCCCCUGGCACUCGUUUGCAAACCCCACAAAGCUGCUGUGAGCACUGCCUUGCUGAAAUUGCUCCCGAUUAGUGAAAAUGGACUGAGGAGAGGGAGCUGGGGCUGCUGGACUGGGAAAGUGGGAGGAGGAGUCACUCAGCCAGAUCUCCCUACAGGCACCUGAGAGCUGAGGAAUUAACUGAGUCAUUACCCCAGGAAGGGCCCAAAUACCCUUCCCAUGUAGAAAGGAGUGUUUGA